GGGGGCUCGGCGAUCGGCAGAGCGGGUCUGACAGACAUGGCGUCGUCCUCUCGGCGGGGAGUUGUCGCUGUUGAAGCCUAGACGCGAACACCCAGCCCAGCCCGGCCCAGGAUACUUGGAAGCAAGUUAUUUUGACACUUGGAUUCAUUUCAGUUCUCGGGGAAACUUUGGAAGAAGUUUUAAAAUGGGGCAUCACACUUCAGACAGUGAAGAUGACACAAGAAGCCGUCGUAAAAAGAAACACCGGAAAAAGUCCACUUCCAGCAGUUCUUCAGGCAGCAGAACAUUCAGCCGGAAAAAAUCUAGUCGAAGGACAAGAUCGCAUUCGCAUUCGCGUGCUCGUCGCUCCCAUUCCCGCUCCAAAGAUAGAAGACAUAGGCGACAUUCAAGCAGUAGCUCAUCGUAUGAAAAACGAAAGAAACGAAACAGCUGUAGCAGAUCACGGGAACGAGGGAAAUCCUACAGACCACGACGAUCCAGAUCAAGAAGCAGAAAUAGAAGUUCAAGAUCUCACCAUCGACAUCGCUCUCACAGUCACAGCAGUGAGCACUCGACCCGCCGCCGAAGUUACAGUCGAAGCAGGUCUCGCGAAAGGGAGAGACGCAAAGGAAGAGACAAAGGGCGGGAGAAGGUCCGGGAGAAAGGAAAAGAUAGGGAAUCGCGAAGUGAUAAGAAAGGGAAUCCUGGAAACAUCAAAUUAGCAUUAGAACAUCUGUCCCCUGCGGAACAGGCAAAAGCAAGACUGCAGUUGGUCCUCCAGGCUGCCGCAAGAGCCGAUGAAGUCCUAAAAGCUAGGGAAAGAAAAGAGGAGGAUGCCAAAAAAGAGCAAGAAACCACAAUUGAAGAACAGGUGAAACGAGUGAAAAGUAUUGAAGCCAUUGAAAGUGAUUCUUUUGUCCAACAAACUUUCAGAUCAAAUAGAGAUGUGAAAAAGACACAAGAACCUGCAGAAACUAAACAUGAAGCCACUGUGCUUAGCAAACGAGCAGAUGAUUUUAGCAUUGAAAUCAAACAAGAGGUUGAUUAUGUUCCUUCUGCCAUUAAGUACCAAGAUGAUGACGCAGUGGCUCAUCCAAGUUUGUUUAUGGACAAGCAUGAAGCAGAAGAAAAGUGGUUCAAGAGAUUAAUCAUUCUGCGACAGGAGAAACUGAUGGGAAGCCCAGUAUCUGGUUUCUGAAUGAUUUAACAUUAUUUCUUAAAUGAUUGAAUCAGAAGCUUAUAUGUUUGUUGUACAAUUUUCAUUGUUUAAUCUUGAUAGAGUAAUCUAUGAAUUUCUACUCAGAAGAGUGCUAACUAAUAAAAUGUACUUUUCUGUUCAGCUGAAGUAUCUGUUUUGUGAUCCAACAAUAUUUUUCUUUAAUAAAAAAUUGUGUAUCCA